CAGCCUCGCUCGGAGGGAAGCAGGUGAACGCGGGCAGCAGUAGGGCGAGGACGAUCGGCGGCGGACUAGCUAGCCAGAGGGCACUGGGAACAACCAUCGCGGGAACCAUGCUUGCCAACGCUGCCAUAAUGAGGAUCCUCAUCAAAGGGGGGAAAGUGGUGAAUGAUGACUGCACCCUUGAAGCUGAUGUUUAUAUUGAGAAUGGCAUCAUACAGCAGGUGGGCCGUGAACUCAUGAUCCCUGGCGGGGCCAAAGUCAUAGAUGCCACUGGCAAGCUGGUGAUCCCUGGUGGUAUUGAUACCAGUACCCACUUCCACCAGACCUUCAUGAAUGCAACCUGUGUGGAUGAUUAUUACCAUGGCACAAAGGCAGCCCUGGUUGGGGGCACCACCAUGGUUAUCGGACAUGUACUUCCAGAUAAAGAUACUUCCCUUCUAGAUGCUUAUGAGAAGUGUCGCAGCCUGGCUGACCCAAAGGUGUGCUGUGAUUAUGCCCUGCACAUGGGCAUCACCUGGUGGGCACCUAAGGUAAAAUCAGAAAUGGAAACUUUGGUUCGAGAGAAAGGGGUCAACUCCUUCCAGAUGUUCAUGACAUACAAAGACUUGUACAUGCUCCGGGACAGUGAGCUCUACCAGGUGUUCCGUGCUUGCAAAGAUAUUGGAGCCAUUGCACGUGUUCAUGCUGAGAAUGGCGAGCUAGUGGCUGAGGGGGCCAGGGAAGCUCUGGAUUUGGGCAUCACUGGUCCAGAGGGAAUUGAGAUCAGCCGACCAGAAGAGCUAGAGGCUGAAGCCACACAUCGUGUCAUCACCAUUGCUAAUCGGACUCACUGCCCUGUCUAUCUGGUCAACGUUUCUAGCAUGUCAGCCGGGGAUGUUAUAGCCACAGCCAAAAUGCAAGGGAAGGUUGUGUAUGCAGAGACCACCACAGCACACACUACAUUAACAGGCUUGCACUACUAUCACCAGGACUGGUCCCAUGCAGCAGCCUAUGUCACGGUGCCACCCUUGCGGCUAGACACCAACACUUCCACCUACCUCAUGAGUUUGCUUGCCAAUGACACUGUGAAUGUUGUGGCCUCUGAUCACCGGCCUUUCACCACUAAACAGAAGGCAAUGGGGAAGGAAGACUUCACUAAGAUCCCCCAUGGAGUCAGUGGCGUACAGGACCGUAUGGCUGUCAUCUGGGAGCGUGGGGUGGUAGGGGGCAAGAUGGAUGAGAACCGCUUUGUUGCAAUCACCAGCUCUAAUGCUGCCAAGAUCUACAACCUGUACCCUCGCAAGGGCCGCAUCAUUCCUGGAGCCGAUGCAGACGUAGUCGUGUGGGACCCUGAGGCCACCAAGACCAUCUCAGCCAGCACCCAGGUCCAGGGUGGUGAUGUGAACCUGUACGAGAACAUGCGCUGCCAUGGGGUACCCCUGGUUACUAUCAGCCACGGGCGUGUUGUCUACGAGAACGGGGUCUUUAUGUGCGCUGAAGGCACCGGCAAGUUCUGCCCUCUCCGCUCCUUUCCAGACUCUGUGUACAAGAAACUGGUGCAGCGAGAAAAGAGUUUAAAGCUUAAAGGCGUGGACCGCACCCCAUAUCUGGGGGACGUAGCCAUGGUUGUGCACGCUGGGAAAAAAGAGACGGGGACACCACUUGCAGACACCCCCACUCGGCCGGUCACAAGACAUGGGGGCAUGAGGGACCUCCACGAGUCCAGUUUCAGCCUUUCCGGUUCUCAAAUCGAUGACCAUGUUCCAAAGCGAGCUUCGGCCCGGAUUCUCGCUCCCCCCGGAGGCAGGUCUAGUGGCAUUUGGUAGCUGCCCUCCAGACUUGUCCCCCAACUAAGGACACCAUCUCCACCCCCACCUGCCUGGCUGCCACCAACACCCUGCAAGCUCAAGGCAGCCACACUUUUCACCGGAGCCACUGACACGGGCAAGCGCUCUGCUGCCUGCACCCAAUGCCAUGCCCUGCGGAGCCCACUGCCCCCCUCUGUGGGAAUGAGACGAUGGGGCCCUAUCCCUCUCCUCACCCCACAGCUGCACUAAGUGCUGGGUGAUGCACUGAGGGAGGGCCUGCCUUUGUUCCUAGAGAAGGGUGGGAGCUUCCCCACGUACUGUGGGGGAGAGGGGGGCUGCCCUGGGGAGGGGACAGGACCAAGGGGGCCUGUCUGUGCCGGUUCCUUUCUGUUUUGCACGUUGGGUUUUUGGAUAAGUGACAUUUUGACUUGUUUGUGCAUCACGUGGAAAAAAAUUCUGAAAUAAAGGUGCUUUGUGUACUAGCAGUAGGAUAGAAGGGGGAGGUGUGGGCCAGGCUAGGGUGGGGCUCAGCUGGGCUGGAGGACAGAGGUCCCCAUUCAGGCAUUGUACUUACUGUGCAAGGGAAGAGGGUCAGCCAAGAAUUACCCGGAGUAGACAAGCCGCCUUUCUCUCUGUCAUCUCAUAGGACAAUGCCACUAACAACUGUGGGCUUCUGCCCCUUUGUUCAGGUUUGCUCCAUAUCCUCAACUGAAAGCUCUCGAGAGGACUGGUAUAGCAGAAGAUGGCCAAGCUCAAAUGGUGCCCCUUUCUUCUGUACCCCACCAAGUAAAAUGAGUUGUUGGGCACACUCAGUUAUAGGAGAAAGAGCUGUCCUCCUGGCUCCCGUUGGAAAAUAUAGUCUUCUGUUAGAGUGGGAGGAGGGUAGCAGCCAAGAUGUUUUGUCUUGCUCUUCCCAUUGACCUAUAUCAGACAGGGGUUGUCUUCUUGUCCCAUUCUUUGUAGCUUUCUUCUUUUACAAUACUGGAAUAUCCUGAAGCUUUUCUAUUCCCAAUCUCUUAGAAGUCUCCAUCCAAGGAGAGGUCUUGGCCUGUCCAAGUGUAUCAGCCUCUUGGCCAUAAUCCUAGCCCAUUCUGCCUGAAGGUAGGGUGAAAGAACAGCAGAACCUAGCUGCUCUGUCCCCUUAGUGCCUCUUGAUGAGGGUCUUGCAGAGGAAGAGCUGCCAGAGCAGAGGUUGAUUCUCUUGAAGGGGUGCAUGCAUGACAACCCCAUCAGUGCUGGCAACAGAAAGGGAUGGUGUGGGAUGGCCGAACCAGCUUCUCCGUCCACUCACAGCAGCCACCUUCUCUGCCCUGAGCUUGGAGAUAAAGGAUUCCUUUAACUGUUUCAGUGAGACAGUAUUUCUCCUCUUCAUGCUGAGGGAUGGAGGGAGUUCCUAUCUGAGCUAUUCACUGGCCUUUCAAGCCAGAGGAUAUCUUGAGACAAGCCUUGCACGCUCUGAAACCUCCCUCCAUUCCUCUCUCAACCUGAUGGUGCUAACCUGCCCCACUGGCUGACUGUUGGGGCCGAUGAAGUCCCUGUUUCCCCACCCUCGGCCCACUGACACCUCCCUCUGAAAUAGCGUGAAAUGUGAACUGUUCCUUGUGCACUUUUCCCUCAAUAGUUGGUACCCAUAGGUGUAUGAGGCCGGGUGGCCAGGCGUGACGGAGUCCUCAGCUCCCAGGACCGCAUUGGAGGACUCGGCUUGUGAGCGCAGCCAGCCCUGCCCUGUUACAUGUUGGAAUAGUCUUGUAAUGACUGUUUUAGCACCUGCAGUGCAUAUGU